GAAGAGGCCGGCGGGCGAGCAGGCGAGGAGGAGGAGAAGAAGGGGGGAAGCUGCACUUCCUUCAGGUGAAAGAUGAGUGGAAGAGAACUUCCAGGAUUUAUUACCUCAAAUAAGAGUAGUGAUAUAGAUAGCCUGGUUGUUCGUGUGAAAAAUGGUCUGAAGAGUCCAAAGUAUAAACCUGUUGAUUAUGCAAAACUACUUGCAAUUACUGAAGCCAAGAAGUUGGAAUCUGCAAAAAUCCUACUAAAGGUUAAAAAGACAGAACAUGCUUCAAAAAUUAACAAAGAACAAAUGCUGCUGAAACAGCACAAUCAGAUUUGGUGGAAAGAGCACAAAAGACUGCAUGAAAGCAGGCAAAAACUAGAAUCAGAUAUACAAGCCUUUUUUGAUGAAGGAAAUGAAUGUUUUUUGGACUUGUGGGAUUUGCGAUAUAAAUUAUCAAAGGAGUUGGAUACGUUUCAAGCAAAUACAGUGCAGCCUGUAUGGCAGUUAAGAGAAGAUUUACGAUACAGACUGUUGGAAAUGCAGGCCAACCAAGAAUGUCAAGAAUAUGAGCUUAAUCCAGAUGCAGUAUUAGAAGAGGUAGAGUUUGUGAAGAAGCAACAGCAACUGAUCUUGAAAAAGCUUCAUUGUGAGAGAGAACCUUUGGAACAGGAGCUUGAAGAAUUUGUAGAUGAAGCACUUGCUUAUUCUUUAGAAGACAAGGUUGCGCUCAUCCGUGAGCUACCACCACAAUUAUUGGCCUUGGAAUGUCCGUAUCCUGAUUUGAAAGCUUCAGUGUUUACAGAAUUUGACAAACUAGCAAAUGAAUAUUGGCUAAAGCUCCAGGAAGUUGAUCAAGAGUUAAAAGUUAUAUCAAGCAGUUUCGAAUGGAGUAAAGAAGAUCUUUGGGUUUAUCAGGUUGUCAUUAAUCAGUACCCAAAAGCUAUUAAAGGUAGAAGAACUCUGUACUUGAAUAUGCUGCAGAAACUUCUGCCUCACAAGUCUAGGCAAAAUAUCGUUGCUCAUGAACGGGCUUGGGACCACUAUCAUUUUACUAAAAGCCAAUGGAAGGUGUUGAUGUUCAACUGGAUCCAGGCAAAAAAAGCGUUUCUACUGAAGGCAGUAAUGACUUUGGCGGAAGCGUGUGCUGCUCAUGAGACAGAAAUUAUGUUGGCUAAUAAUAGAAAAAAACAACAGGAAAUAUGUGCUGAUCUGAAGGAAAAGGUUUUACAAUGGCGUUUGCAGCAGGAAGAAGCUGCCCAACUGGAAGCUGUUAUUGCCGCCAGAAGAAAGGAAGAGGAGGAGGAAAAAGAAAAGUUUCAGAUAGAAAAAGAAGCCCUUCAGCGAGCAGAAGAUAAAGAAAAAGUGAAAAAGUACUGGGCUGAAAAGCAACGCCAGUGGCAGGAGAUGGAAGCAAAAGAUCUACUACGUUUGGCAGAAUUUAAGAAAUUAAUGGCUGAACAAGUGAUUAAAGACAGAGAAAGAGUUCAAUUUCGACAAAGGCUGUUGGAAAAGCGCUUGAUGGAGAAAAAAGAGGCAAUUCUCAAAGAGGCUCAUGAGGAAGAAGAAAGGAAGAGACGUCUUGAUGCUCUUAGGCAACAGGUUGCUAUUGUUGCAGAGUUUGAUCCUGCUCGGAUGAUGGCUGACACAGUGGCAUCUAAAGCUCGGAUGGGCAUCGGAGCAGAAGAAGAUUUUUUUCUGCAGAAGCCUCUCUUUGAGUUGCAUACAUUCACUGCUGAGCAGAUUAUAUCUGACCCCCGCAUCCGAGUGGAAAUAGCUCUGCGAGAAGCUGGACUUCAUAGGACACUUUAUGCUCAGGAGCUUUUACCGAAAAUCCAUCCACCCAGACUUCCAAGAAGAGACAUGGAUUCCACAGCCUUUAAACUGUAGAGCUACAAAUUAAACAUACGAGUUCAAAUGAGACAGUCUGUUUACCAAGACUUAAAUAUACGAUUUAAUUCAGGAAA